AUGCCGCUCCCAUCCGACGCAGCUCUGCCCGCUGGGUCUUUGGUGCUGGUGACCGGCGCAAACGGUCUGGUGGCCACUCAUGUGGUCAACGAGGCUCUCUCAUAUGGCUACCGUGUGCGCGGAACAGUACGAGACCCGCACAAAUGCGCUUGGCUGCAAGAGUUCUACGACAAGAAAUACGGACCGGGCAAAUUUGAAUUAAUCCAGGUCAAGAGACUGGAUGAAGAGGGGUCGUUGGGUGAAGCAGUCAAAGGCUGCGCCGGAGUAAUCCACGUCGCCUCCAUCGUCUCUUUCGGCCCCGACCCGAACGCAACAAUCCCCGAAUCCAUCGCCUUCACCCUCAGCGCGCUAAAGUCCGCCGCCAGCUCCCCAGCCGUCAAGCGUUUCGUCCUGACUUCCUCCUCCUCCGCUGCAACCCAAGGUCUCUUCAACACCCCCUAUGACCUCACCCCCCAAAGCUGGAACACUGCUGCGGUGGAAAAGGCUUGGGCGCCCCCGCCCUACGAACCCAGCGGCGGCGUCGCCGUCUAUUCGGCCUCCAAAGUCCAAGCCGAGCAAGCCAUGUGGAAAUUCAUGGACGAGCAGAACCCAGACUUCGUGGCGAACAGCGUCUUGCCUGACUACGUGCUCGGUUUACCGAUGAAUCUUGAGGUGCAAGGGUAUACCUCAUCCGUGUCUUUCCUCGCGGGGCUGUGGAACGGGGAUACGAGCUUCAAGGUGCUGUACCCGCAGUUCUCGGUCGACGCCGGGGAUGCCGGGGCCUUGCACGUCGCGGCGCUGGCGAACCCGACGGCGAAGGGGGAAAGGGUGUUCGGGUAUGCGGAUAAUAAGACGUGGACGGAUUGGAUUGGGCGGUUGAGGGGGAUGUAUCCGGGGCAUCAGUUUCCUGAUCCGCCGGAGAACGAGGGGAAAGAUAUGGCGAAUGUGACGGCGCGGCCCAGGGCGGAGGAGCUGUUGAAGUGGCUUGGGAGACCAGGAUUUAGGCCCCUGGAGGAGUCGUUGAAGGAGGUGUGCGAUACGAUGGCCCUUUGA